AUGCAUCAGGAGAAGAAGUGGCAAACGGAGAUGGAGAACAAGAAGCGUCAGCUGGAGGACGACAGGAGAGCACUGCAGCACCUGAAGUCGAAGGCUCUGAGGGAGCACUGGCUGCUGGAUGGAGCACCCUCUGCUGGACCAGAACAGGACGAAGUGAGGAGACAACUGGAGCAGGACGAGGCCAAGACCAGGAGCCUGGAGGAGACCAUCAACAGGUUGGAGGAGGAGCUGGUCAGUUUGGAAACUGGAGGCACGUCCAUGUACUCGGUGGAGAUAACAGUGGAGCGGGACAGAGUGACGGGAGAAACCCGGGUUCUGUCCACAAACACCACACUUCCUGUUGACUUGUCUCACCACGGGGUCAAAGUGUACGAGGACGAGAGGAAAGUGGUCCACGAGGUGAACGGGGAAGAUGGCGUCCAGCCGCUCAGCUCCUCCGAGGUGGAAGAGCUCAUCCACAAAGCCGACGAGGCCUCGAUGAUAUUACAGACCACGGUGACCCCUCCCACGACAGCGGAGGUCCAGGAGGAGGCGCCGAUGGAGAUUGUCGGGCUGGAGACCAAACCGGGCGGAACGCCGAGCGUGACGGAGGCCAGCGCCGAGAACCCCGUCACCAUGGUGUUCAUGGGGUAUCAGAGUGUGGAGGACGAGGAUGAGACCAAGAAGGUUCUGGGUCUCAAGGGGAUCGUGAAAGCCGAGCUGGUCCUCAUCCACGACGCCAAUGGGAAAACACCACCGGGCGAAGUGCAGGAGGAGACACCAGCUCCACCCCCACCCACAUCCACUAAACCUCCUGUGACAGCAGCUGUGAGCAACGGGGAGACGGAGGAGGUGAGGGGAGGAGCGGUGGAGGUGAAGGGAGGAGUGGUGGAGGUGAGGGGAGGAGCGGUGGAGGUGAAAGGAGGAGCGGAGGAGGUGAGGGAGGAGAAGCAGCCGUGUAAGUGCUGCAGCAUCAUGUGA